GGUGUGGGCUGCCAUAUAUUUUUUCAGGGGCGGGGGAAUCACUGGGUGUUGCCUAUGUGCUUCGACUGAACCUCAGACCUACAAAGAGCCUUGUCGACAAAAUCAGUUUCCUUUUAUUCAAAGAUCUCUGACCUGCGUUGCGUCUAAAGGAUCCGAAAUCUUCAACCAUGGGAGUGGAAGGCUGCACCAAAUGUAUCAAAUAUCUCCUUUUCUUCUUCAAUUUCAUCUUUUGGCUUGCAGGAGGUGUGAUCCUGGGUGUGGCUUUAUGGCUGAGACAUGACCACCAGACCAGCAGCCUGCUGGAGCUCAAAUUUGAGGACUCCCAGCCUCCCAGCACCUUCUACCUCAGCGUUCACAUUCUGAUUGCUGUUGGCUCAGUGAUGAUGGUUGUUGGGUUCCUUGGUUGCUAUGGUGCCAUCCAGGAGUCCCAGUGUCUUCUAGGAACGUUCUUUGCUUGCCUGGUCAUCCUUUUCGCCUGUGAGGUAGCUGCUGGAAUCUGGGGCUUCAUGCAUAGAGAUACGAUUUCCAAAGAGAUGGUCAACUUCUACGACUCGGUGUUUGAGAAGGCGACGACGGAAUCCAUCACUGAGCCCGACAGGAAGCAGGCUGCUGCGUCCGUGCUGAAAGUCUUUCACGAGACGCUGGAUUGCUGUGGAAAGGGAGGUACUUCCCUGACGAGUAUCUUGACCAAGGGACUUUCUACGUUAGGACUCACUGAUCUCUGCCCUAAGUCAGCUGCCAGAAUGGAGAACUGUCACUCCAAGAUCAACGACCUGUUCUCUGAAAAGAUCUAUCUAAUCGGCAUCGCAGCCCUGGUGGUGGCUGUUAUCAUGAUCUUCGAGAUGAUCUUCAGCAUGGUCCUCUGCUGUGGCAUCCGCAACAGCCCAGUCUACUAAGAGCAGGGGGGAAGGACUGAAGGAGAACCUCUGCUGUCCCGUCUUUUCUACAGCCUGUCACAUUCACAUGUACUUGCUUGCCAAAUCAGUCAGUCCUACGAAGAUAAAAGCGAAAUCCGAUUUUGUAUUGUUACUGUCGUCGGUCACAGAUGCUGUUUAUAUUUGACUAACGCUAGUCUACACACCAACACACACACACACAAACCUUGCACUUACAUGCAUGCGCACAUCUACACCCACAUCAUGACCAGUACGGUCCAUCUCGAAUGAAUAGAUUAUCGAAAUAUGAGAAAUUGCUUCUUUCCAUACAAUUGUAUUCUGCUAGCUUAUUCAAAUGUAUCUGUAUAAACUGUAUAUAUUAUUAGCUGUGCAGUAGGACUGUCUAGCAUGAGUGUUGUGCUGAAUCCUGUACUCCUGUACUCUCUGCUUGUCUGCCAACAACCACUAAGGACCAGUGAAAGGAUGAUGGUGAUGUAGCACCAUGCCAGAGGAUCUGAACUAACCGAAGCCAUAGAGAGGUCUCUCCUAGACUCCCUGCCUUAUAGUGUGUCCAUCGUUCGUUGUGUGAUAUCCUGUCUUAACUCGUUGUGACUGUACACUAACUAGCAGUAUGGGGUUUGAUUCCACUAUACAGUUUACUAAUAGGCUAUUUUAUAAUUCUCCCUCCUUUAUACGGACCCCAUGUCUCAUACCGGCCACUUUGCAUAGCAGUUUCUUCGGUUUCCUCCAGGUCUGUUUAACCUCUGAUGAGAUGCCCUGUUGGCUUCGACUGCUAGCAUGAUGUAAUGAGACCUGGGCGCGAUGCCUUCUGCUGCACCUGACGUUUUCCGUCUCCGCCACCAGAGGGCGCUCCUGGCUAUGGAGCCAAUCUACAAGCUGAUCCUGAAUCAGUCUUAUGUUUCUCCACUGAUGCUUUGACAAACCGACCUUUAGUCUGUGGCCAGGGGCAACUUCAUUCCAGACCUCUUUUCCUAUCUGUUCACUGGCCUUCGGAAAGAGGCCGUGCUCAGUGGGUCACGCAUGAUACACACACACACACACACGCACUCACACACAUACACACACAAACACAGAGAGAGAGAUUCCCACUUAUGCACAUACAUAUUUACUGUAUCAUGAAGUGUAAUCGUACAUACUGUCAAUCUUUCUUCACCAACAGAUUACCACGCCUUGGUAUCCUGUUAUUUCUAUGCUGUUAAGCGGUCAAGUGUCUUGUAACAUGUACAGCUAUACUCUUCUACUAAUGACUAAUGUAAAGACAAAGUAAGCCUUUAUCUGUUGUUUGGUACGUUGUCAAGGGAAACAGCUGGGGAUUUCAGUGGCAGUGUUCUGAAGUCAGUUGAGUUUGAAAACGAGAACCAUGUGUGCUGGAGAGCAUACCAGCGGCAGAGUGUGUGCUGAGCGGGGCUGAGGUGGAUUGAUAAGAAUGACGAGGGCCAGCUAAACCGGCAGAGCUCUGGUCUGGUGCUGUAUGAUGUCACUGCCUUACUGAGACUCGACAGCUCACCGCCACUCAAAUCUGGGCCUUUUUCUCUCCUGUUUUAGACUUCGGUUUGGUUUGUUGCCCAAAUAUUAAGGGAUUAAAUGUAUUUUACAAAUAA